GGAAAGAUGCCGGCCGUAGAACUGCUGUUGACUUGCACGUACAAAUACACGUAACCGGCUUUUAGUUACUGAGUGCAACAUUAACAUUUAUCCAUUUACGCGGCAUAUCUGCACAUUUUUUUUUAAAGUCAACCGGGUUUGGAGAAGCGAGAGUUAACGAUUGCCGUCCAAAUGGCAACGCAAACGAAGACUGUGAUCGAUGAGCAAACCGGCCGAAAGGCAUUUCGCUUCACCCUGAAAUGGACCAUCGAUAAUUUCGCCUCGUAUCGCAAUGACUGCUUCACUCUCUUCGACAGUGGCAUCACCAUGGCUGAACUGGGAUUUCGUGAGUCGAUGCCGGGACGUUGGUGUAUUGGUAUGGUACCGUGUCAUAAAAUCGUGGAAACGUCCGGGCAAAAACGUUUUGUGGGGAUCGCGCUUGGCUUCUUCGAUGUUACGAGUUAUAGCGUGUACAGCGGACCAUAUAAGCUGCAUGCCGAUUUCCACCUCCGUUUAACUACUGGCAAAUCCAUGACUCUCGUCAAGGAGCAUCAGACGACAGCCGUGUUUUCGAAACGAAAGAAUGUCUGCCACAACAAAGGCUUCCUACGCCAAGAUCGUCUGCUGGGUAACGGGCAGCGUCCUGGUCUCAUCCGCGAUAACUUGAUCACGAUACUAAUGGACAUCAAGAUCCACGACCAGGCUUACGUAGACUGCACUCCCGAGCUGACUGUUACGACGCAUUAUCAGCGCCGCCAACGCUACUGGCAAGCCGAAAACUAUCGGAAUUCGGCGGAUGUGGUCCUGCGCGCCAACGACGGUAACGUCUUCCCCGCGCAUCGCUUCCUGCUGGCGGCGGAUUCGCCGGUCUUUGCCGACAUGUUUAAGUGCGAUUCCCAGGGGACACAGAGCGGCGGCCCUGUCCUGGUCGAUAUGGAUGGGGAGUGUGUGGAAGUCCUUUUGGCGUUUGUAUAUUCGGGUGAUCUUACCGCGGUCACCGUAGAUAACGCUGAGAAGAUGCUGAUCAUGGCGGAUACGUAUCAGAUUAUGGAUCUGCGCGGAGUGUGUGAAACUAUCUUGGCAAAUAAUGUACAGGAGCGAAAUGCUGAGCACGAUCUGGAACUGGCACGCCAACGGCAACUUCCGAUACUGCAGGAUGCCGCUCGGAAUGUCACUUGCCACGCACCGUCAGUGCAGCGAACGACAAAGCAGCCCCGCUGCCCCCGCAGUGGUCGGUUUCUCUCGCUUCGUUCUCACUCCUGAGUUCACCGUACUAAUACGUGCUUGAUGCAUUUUAA